UGGCUAUUUUGAGACCCGUGGCCAGAGGUACCUCAUUGAGCCCUUGGGAGCUUCAGACAGAGAGGAACAUGCAGUCUACAAGUAUGAGGCACUGAAACAAGAUCCCAUCAUGACCUGUGGCCUGAUCAACAACACGUGGGAACAGGAUUCAAACGACCCCAUCAACGACAUCUUCAAAUCCAGCAACAACCCAAAGAUGAAAGAGUAUCUGAAGGCAAAAAAGUACCUGGAGCUCUACAUCGUUGCAGACAAUGCCUUGUACAAGAAAUAUGAUGAAGAUGUUAAAAGCAUAAGGCAAAGGAUAUUUGGGAUAGUCAAUUACAUCAACACGGUCUACAAGGCCAUAAAUAUCUUUGUGGCUUUAACUGGCCUGGAGGUGUGGACAGAUGGGGACAAAUGUGUGCUGAGACGCAGUGCAGGAUUCACCCUGGACAGCUUCUCCAAGUGGAGACUGUCAGAUUUAUUGAAGAGGAAGAGAAAUGACAACGCUCAGCUGAUCACAGGCCUUGACUUUGAGGGGACAACGAUUGGAUUGGCCUAUCUCAAAUCCAUAUGCAGUGAUAUAUACUCUGCAGGUAUUAUUCAGGACCAUAACAGGAAUCAGAUUGCUGUAGCAGCUACCAUGGCACACGAGAUGGGACACAACCUGGGCAUGAGCCACGACACUGAAACCUGUUCAUGCAGUGAUAAUAUUUGCAUCAUGACAGACACUGUCAGUUCAAUCAUUCCCAAGGAAUUCAGCUCCUGCAGCCUGCAAAGCUUUCAGAAGUUCAUGCUGAGCGACAUGCCCAAAUGCUUAACCAACAUCCCAGACAUCAGCAGCAUCAUAGCUCCUCCAUCCUGUGGCAAUGGCUUUGUGGAAAAGGGAGAGGAAUGUGACUGUGGCACUCCUGAGGAGUGCACUAAUGACUGCUGUGACCCUGAGACCUGCAAACUGACAUCAGGAUCCACCUGUGCACAUGGAGAGUGCUGUGAAAACUGCCAGUACAAAAAAUCAGGAGCUGUUUGCAGAGCAGUUCAACACGACUGUGACCUGGCUGAGAUGUGCACUGGGAAGUCCCCGAGCUGCCCUGAGGAUCGAUUUCGUGUCAAUGGUCAUCCCUGCAACCAUGGGGAAGGUUAUUGUUACAUGGGGAACUGUCCCACCAGGGAAAGCCAGUGCAAAGCUACCUUUGGACCACAUGCAACUGAUGGUGCAGCCUCCUGUUACUACAUGAACCAGCAGGGAACAUAUUACGGUUACUGCCGGAAGGAAAAAGGGAGUCACGUCCCGUGUAAGGAAAAAGACAAACUGUGUGGGAAGCUGUUCUGUGCCGGAGGGAGGGAGAUGCCUCGGGAUGGGAGCCUGCUGUCCUUUAGCUCCUGCAAAGGAAGUUUUGUUAGGCAUGAAGGAGAAGACCCAGGCAUGGUCCUUGAUGGAACCAAAUGUGGGAAUGGGAUGGUGUGCAGCAAUGGAGAGUGUGUUCAUGCUGAGGAUGUCUUUAGAUCUGCCAACUGCUCUGCCAAGUGUUCUGGACAUGCUGUGUGUGACCACGAGCUGCAGUGCCAGUGUGAGGAGGGAUGGGCACCACCGACCUGUGACAUCUCUUCAGCCUUCACCACCAUUGCUGCUGUUGCUGGGGUCCUGCUGGUCCUGGCAGUCAUAGUCACUACAGCAGUGCUGCUCAUCCGUCUCCAAGUCCUCAUGAAGAGCCACCAGAGCAGGACAGGACCUGGAAGCACAAACCAGGUCUUUGUGGAUCAGGAGCAAAGAUGCAAAGAACACCCUGUGCUGGCAGUACCUGCCCAGAAGGUGGAUGGCAAGAAACUUCUCCUUCCUGUGCCUCCACCACAGGAGACCAAACCUCAGCGCCAGAGUCCUGUCAUAAGGCCUAAAGGUCCUCCACCUCCUGUUCCUCCCACCAAAGCAGCCCCUUCUCACCCAGAGGAGAUGUUUGCACCAGAGAGAAAACCUCCUCAUCUCCCAGUCCCCAAGGGCAAACCUCCUCUUCCUCCCUCAAAGGCUUUAAAGCCCCCAAUGAAUCCGAAGGUAUGA